UUUAAAGAUGGCCACAAGUGUUCAACCUGCUGAAAACACAAUCCAUGGCUUCACCAUUGUGACCAAUGUGGUACCAGCUGGAACGGGACAUUAUGGCCAAAAUACUGAAGCAGGAGCCUCCACUAAAGGCCUAUUUAGACAACUCCUUAAAGGAGAUCCAAAAGCAUUAGGGGUUGUGCAGAUCAUGAUCGGGAUCAUAACGUUUAUGCUUGGCAUUGUGUCUGCCUUGUUUUUUGAGUCUGUAUCCAGGGUCACGGGUGUCAUGUUUUGGGGAGCAGUGUUUUAUAUGGUCUCAGGGGGUCUGUCUGUUGGUGCAAGCAAGAAAGCACAUGGCUGUUUGGUGAAGGGCUCCCUGGUCAUGAAUGUGUUCAGUGCUGUGGCUGCAGGAAUAUCCAUCGUCGUUCUGGCUAUUGACAUUGCUAUAGGACUGUCAUAUGGAAUUGCUGGCAUUCAGCUGGUUUUAGCUGUGCUUGAGUUCAUCAUCUCCAUCUGCACUUCUGCAUUUGCUUGCAAAGCCACCUGCUGCAAUGAUCCGGUCAGUGACAGAAUAUCUUCCUAUAUAUUAUAAUAAACUUAGGUAAAUGUUUAUUGUUUACAUUUUGUGUUUAAAUGUGCCACAUAAUGCAUUUACUUAUUAUUUAAAAUGUUUU